CGGUUUUGCUGGCAUCAUGCACGGUCUGCAGAAAUUUCUGCUCGUCAGUGUUCUGACAUGUCUCGGAGAAAUCGGACACGGGGGUAAGAUCAUAAAUGGAGAAAAAGCUCCAGAGAACUCAAUGAUGUAUAUGGCCUCUGUGCAAAACAAGAAUGAUCAACAUGUAUGUGGAGGAUUUCUUAUUACUGAGGACUAUGUGGUCACUGCUGCACACUGUAAUGAAUUCAUCCCCACACGUGUUGUUCUUGGCAACCACAAUCUCAAGAAGGGAAAUCACGAAAAAAUAAAUAUCGAAAAGAAAAUCAAGCAUGAAUCUUACAGAGGUGUUGCACGUGGUAACGACAUCAUGCUCCUCAAACUUUCUACAAAAGCUCAACUAGGCUCCAACAUACAAAUAAUUCAGCUUCCACAUGCUGAAAUGAACUUGGAAGAAAAUGAAGUGUGCCAGGUGGCUGGAUGGGGUUUAACUGGAAAUCCCAUUCCACCUGAUGAGCUGAGAGUGGUGGACGUGUCUGUCAUUAACCCACAAAGCUGUAAGGAACAAUGGUCUCCCUGGCUUCAUCUCCCUGCCAAUGCUAUCUGUGCGGGUGGAUAUGGCACAAAUAAAGGAUUCUGUCAGGGUGAUUCUGGUGGUCCUCUGGUGUGCAAAGGGUUAGCUGUUGGCAUUGUUUCUUUCAAUAAAAAUAAGACGUGCACAUAUCCAGAUGUACCCAAUGUCUAUACGGACAUCUCAAAAUACGGUGAAUGGAUCGACAAGAUUCUCAGAACCGCAAGACAUUUUAAUUAAAAACCUUACUUGAAGUUAACAGAGUUACUUGAGUAAAAAUCUACUGGACGUUUUGCUUUUGUUGAAUUGAAAUGUGAGCAUUGCUCCUGUAAUAGUGGAUUCUACUGCUUCUCUAUGCCAAGCUGACUGCAUUGAUAGAAAAGCUCCAUAUUAUUCUGUUUCCAUAUAAUCUUUCAGAUAUAACAUAUUGAUUCUGUCAGGUAUGUUUUCUGUCCAUUCACUGAAUUUUUCAGCUGGUUUCUCAUUGACUGAUGUAUAAACAAAUAAAAUAACUUUUUAAAUAGAACAAAUUACAAAUUUUCCUGUAACAGGGUGACUCUGGUGGACCCCUGGUGUGCAGUGGGUCAGCUGCUGGUGUUAUUUGUUUCAACAAACAUCUUAACUGUAACUACCCAGAUGUACCCAAUGUGUAUAUGAACAUUACAAAAUACCUUCAAUGGAUCAACAACAUUGUGAA